UUGGAAGCCCUACACGUACCUGAAAGCGUGGUUUUUAAUUUUUUUCAUUUUCAGGGCACCAAUUCUUACCUUAUUGGUGAUCCUGCGCAACCCCGAGUUUUAAUCGAUACCACGGAGGGUAGUUCUGCUACGGUGGGCGGCUACAUCCCGUUGCUCGAGGAAGCACUCCAGGCGCAUCCGUCGUCGUCAGAAACACCGCCACUGGCUGCGAUUAUGUUGACCCACUGGCACCCUGAUCAUUGUCAGGGUGUUUCGGCAGUGCAGGACCUGGUUCACAAACUGUCUCCAUCCACUACUUCUGUUCCCGUCUACAAGUCUCCUGAGGGGCCAAAUCUUAAGCAAAUCGGUUACUACGCGGGCCCGCUAAAGGCGCUGAGUGGUCAGGUUGAGGUCCCGUCGGCGGGCAGUCAGCCGGUCUUCCUGAAGCCCAUCUUUACUCCGGGUCACAGUGUGGACCACAUGUGUUUUGCACUGAGCAUCGGCGAGAAGGUGGAGUGCAUUUUUGUCGGCGACCUCAUACUAGGCCAUGGUACAACAAUCGUACUGGAUCUCGCUGCCUAUAUGCGCUCCCUUGAAGUGUUAAGGGAGUUCGUUAUAAAAUGCAACAAUCCGGACCUCUGCCUCUUCCCUGCUCACGGAGAAGUAAUUAACGACCCCAUACGUAAAAUCGAUGAAUACCUAUCCAAUCGAAAGCACCGAAUCACACAGGUAGUGAAGGUCCCCCAAAAAUACAUUGUGAUGGUGAAGGACGCAUUCCUGCAAACUGCACCAGACACAUGGGUGAGGGAGACAGCUCUACUAGAGGCAGUCUACCCCUCAGUUCCAGAAAACCGAAGGCUACCAACGCUGAACAACAUUCGUCAGGCACUUUUCUGGCUCAAGGCCCAUCACGAAUCAAGCGUCUGCAUUCCUUCUCCAGUUACAUGCACUGCUCCUCACGAGGUACGCGAUGAAAAGCUCUUCAAGGAGGCAACUGCGAUAGCCCGCCCCGGCUACUUGCCCCAGAUCCUUAAAGAGGAGUGGCAGUGGAUGUGGACACCAAAGAACACUCAUUGA